CAUCUGAUGUAAGAACCCAGGCAAGUCAGCCCUUUUCUCAGAACAGGGGAAGUUUUUACCAGGACAGAACAUUCCAGCCGUCCUUGAAGAGGAGAUUCCGUGUGUCAACACCCACCUCCAUGCUUGAAUCCUUUGGUGAUUUUGGAGAUUCCUGAUAUAAUUGUCUGAAGGACUUGAACAGGCAAACAGUGAGCCACAGCGAACACCAGAGAGAUUUUUUAGGGAGUUUGAAAAUAGAAAGAUUGGAGACAUGGCGGCUUUCGGUCUGGAGAUAGUGGGAGUCACGCUCUCGGUUCUUGGCUGGCUACUCAGCAUUGUGUGCUGUGCUUUGCCCAUGUGGAGGGUCACCGCGUUCAUCGGUAACAACAUUGUCACGGCGCAGGUGUACUGGAAGGGAAUCUGGAUGAGCUGUGUGGUUCAGAGUACUGGACAGAUGCAGUGUAAAGUCUACGACUCCAUGUUGGCUCUUCCUGCAGACCUACAGGCGGCUCGGGCUCUGGUGGUUGUGUCCAUCAUCGUGGGUGUCCUUGCCCUCUUUGUCGCUAUAGUGGGGGCCAAGUGCACUAACUGCAUUGAGGAUGAAAGAGCCAAAGCCCGUGUGAUGGUCAGCUCUGGUGCCGCUUUCAUAACAGCCGCGGUCAUGCAGCUUAUUCCUGUGUCCUGGUCAGCGCACACUGUUAUUAUGGAGUUCUACAGUCCAGUUAUUCCAGAAGCUCAGAAGAUGGAAAUAGGGGCUUCGCUGUACCUUGGCUGGGCUGCCGCGGCACUGUUGCUGGUUGGGGGCUCCAUCCUGUGCUGCAGUUGCCCACCGAAAGAUAAGACGAGGUACCCGCCACAAAGUCGUAUCGCCUACUCAGCCCACCACUCACUGGUCCCGAGUACCCAGAACAAGAGAGACUAUGUCUGAGGACCUCAAAGGACUUUUGAUUUUUACUGUCUGUCUUUCAUUGAAAGGUAAUUGUGACAUGUGAGUUGGAGGUAACUCAAAAUUGUGUUUACUUUUUCUUCAUGUGAAUAUUUCUACAUGCUGUUGUUUUGUCCAGUCAGUGUCCACUGUCACUCCACACUUCUUGAGAUACACUUAAGCACCACUUGCAUAAAUAUGCUGUAGUGUAGUAGCUAUGUUGUUUUCUGUAUGUUUUAAAUAAAAUUUGUAAGAUGAUUUAUAAUGGGAAAACAGUGGUUAUAUUUCUGUAGUAUUGUGUGCUUUCAUUUAAUUUUUUUUUACUUUAUUUGUAUUUUACAGUUUAACUAAAGCUGUUUGAGAAGUAAUAUUUUUAUACUUUAGUUUAAAAGAGUAUUAAUGGCUUAAAAAAAAAACUGAAAAUCUUGUAUGUUUAGCUAUUCUUAGUUUGAAUUGCAAUCAACCAUUAAUGUUUAGUUGUGUUUAUGGUUUAUUUCCUUGGCAUUCUCAUUCUCUGAAAGCCUGUUAAAAUCGGAUGGACAACUGUCUAGAUAUGGAAAAUAUCUAGACAGCAUUGAACUUUAGCAAUGAUCAACAGCCAGAUCUUUUUUUCUACAGCCUCUCUGUUACAAAAUAAUGUACAAGUGGAUGUAUGCAAAACUGACAAAAAGAAAAACAUGCUUUGUUUCUUUCAUCUGAGAGACACAAGCACCAGACUGGAUUUAGCCUCUUAGUUCAAGUUCCACCGGACAACACACCAGAGAAUCAAUGAGACUCAGGCUCCUCUCAAAGUUUUGUCAGAUUAUUGUGCACAGUUUGUAUGUUUGUUGUUGUUGUUUAUCACUGAAUAAUUAGAACAUGUAUUUGAAUACAUGUAACUGAUUUAUAAUUAAAUUAUGAUUAUUAAAAUAAAAGAACAGGCAAAAACCAAUAAAUUAA